AUGGAACCAACAAGAAAGAAUAGAAUAGGGAUAGCACUGUUUGGCUGUGGUCGAAUCGGGUCGUUACAUCUCAGAAAUUUGGCUACACUGCCUACAGAGAUCCUGUGGGUAGUGGAUGUCAAAGUCAGCCAUGAAAAUAUUACCGAUUUACUGGACGAGCUUAGGCUAUCCUCGACUCAAGUAGCUGAUGUUAGUGAGAUGGAUAAGGUGCUUCUAGAUGAGCGGGUGAAUGGAAUUAUUAUUUGUACAAGAGUAGACCAACAUGAACGAUUGAUAAUAGAGGCCUUGAAUGCAGGAAAACAUGUAUUUUGUGAGAAACCUUUGGCUCUGUCGACUCAAUCAAUCAUAACAUGCUACCAAUUAGCUCAGAAAUUUCACAGAUCUUUGAUGUGUGGUUUUCAGAGGCGAUUUGAUAAAGAAUUUAGAAUAGUGUAUGAUGAACUGCAGUCUAAGAAACAUGGUAAAACACAACUAAUAAAAAUUACCAGCAGAGACAACCCGAUAUAUCAUUCCAUGGAAUACAUCAAAAACUCAGGAGGUAUAUUCCUCGAUGCCUGUUCUCAUGAUUUUGAUAUGGCGAUAUGGUUGGCUGGAGAAAUGCCUACAUCUAUUGUUGUUUAUGGUCAUGCUCUGGACGAUGCCUACAUAGAAUGUGAUGAUGUCAGUUGUACCACUAUUAUGAUCAGAUUCCCAAGUGGCACCAUAGCAACCAUAGACAAUUCCAGGCAUGGUGCUGAUUAUGGAUAUGAUCAAAGAAUUGAAGUGCUGUGUUCCAGGGGAAUGAUAAAGGCUGAAAAUAGACGAGAAAAUUCAGUAGAAAUCCACAAUUCAACUGGAACCAUACUAAGUCCACUGGUCGAUUUCUUUCAAGAACGUUAUAAAGAGGCCUUCAGACAUGAGCUGCACCAUUUUAUAAAGGUUGUACAAGGAAAAGAAAGUAUUAUUAUAAAAGGCGAGGAAGUAGUGGCCGGAAGUGUUUUGAUAGAAAAAGCAAAACAGUCUCUGAAAUCCGGCCAGAAUAUUCAGCUAACAGAACAAGAUCUCGGUAGUGGAUUGACAUAUUAAAAUGGAUUGGUUUAACUUAAGACAUUUCUAUGCAAAUAUGAUUGAUGCCACUGAAAAGAUACACAGAUGAUGUUUUUGCUUCCUUCGGGAUAUUAUUUUUUUUGGAUUGCGGGAAUAGGCGGACAGACCUUAAUCUAUAACACUAUUAUAUUCCGAGGUACAUGUAAUGCUGGCUAUUACCUGCCAAUAUCCAGUUUUCAAAUCAAGUGUGAGAAAGUCUAAUCUAUCUUCUUAGUGCGAUACUAUCCAUGGUAUAGGCAGUUUUGACACAUAUCCUCAAUGGAAAAUGAGGAAAAUGUUCACUAGUCAACACAUAAGCUUGAUUCUUAAUCUUUCUUUCAAGUAAUGAAAGCUGGACAACGAAGAGAAAUGAAGUACUUACUCAUAUGAUUUGUUCAUUUGCUGCUAUAUAUCACCAUGGAUUUUGUUUUUGCAGUUCGGAUAGUUUGAAUUUUUUAUUAAAUAUAAUCCAAUU